CAGGCUAAGAUCCUCAUUCUCAUCCUCAUCCACCGAAGUCAAGUUGGACAGGGAGAAUGGUCAACAGAAUCCAGCCAUGGUAGCAUGUUUAUCAGCUGGAAAACACACAGAGAAUCGUAACAGCAGUGAAGAGCUUCUCAAGCACAGUGGUUCAUUAGAUUUCCGGCACAGGAGUCAAAAUUAG